CAACCUAAAUUCUGUGCGGUGCAGACUAAUAAUUAAAAAAAAAAUGAAAAGUGUGGUAUUGAUAGUUCUUUUUUGUUUUGUGGCCAACUGUAAGGGCCUAGAUUGUGGAAUAUCGAAAUUAGGUGGUGACAAAUUUAAAAAGGUUCUUACAGAAUGCGUCAAAGAUAACAAGACACUGGAGACUAUUUGGGAUAUUACUUCAAGUAUGUCUAUUGAAGAUGAUGAGGAGUCAUCUAUUUCUUCUGAUGAAGUUCCGAUCACAAGAGGACUUGCAAAUAAUUUGAGAAAAUCAGAAGACUCAAACACUAACUUCGUUACAAGAAAGUCUUUCAGAAGAUCGAAAAGGUCAAGAUACAGCAAAGGACUAAAUAGUGAGUCGGGAAUGAAUAACAUGCAAAGAAAAUAUGGAACUAAAACAUCAACCACUACAGAAGAAGCUACAACUGUCGGUAAUGAUCCUGAAAACAAAAACUCGAUCGAAUCCAACGACACUUGUGUAUUGCAAUGUGUAUUUGAGAAACUUGAAUUGACGGAUUCGAAUGGCGUUCCAGAUCACAAGAAGUUUGUGGAUGCCCUCCUGCAGACAGUAAAUACCAGAGAAGUCAGAGAUUUUAUUCAAGAAACUACAGAUGAAUGUUUCCAAAAUAUUGAAGAAGAUAACAUAGAAGAUUCUUGCGAAUAUUCCAAAAAGUUACUUAACUGUAUGGCAGAAAAGGGACGGUCAAACUGUGAUGAUUGGCCUACAGGAACAAACCUAUAAAACUGAUAAGGACCAAUGGAUAUUUAAAUGGUACUCUUAAUUGGAUGACUUAAUUAUGGAUGACGUAUUUUACUGCUAAAACUACAUAUUCCUAAACCAUAUUUAUGCUUAGAAUUAUGUGAUAGUAAAAUAACUGCGUUUCAAAUAAAAUGUGAACAUAUACAAUA